ACAACAACAAUAAUGGCAAAUAUUUUGGACGAACUCAACGCUGUGAUGCUUUCUUACCCAAGAACCAUUUUGAGCGUUCGGGACAUACCCUAUGAUGUGGAUGUCGUUAUCAACACCGCUGAGUUGAAGAGGACUGUUUAUGGACUUCGCCUCAUGUUAACUUGUGACACAAACAUCGUUUUCCUGCCAGAACGCUAUAGUCGUUUGACUAGUUCAACUGUCACGGAGCUUCAAACUGGACGAUAUAGUUUUCGUAAAAUAAAAAUCGGACCACAGUAUUCAUUUCAUUUUUCAUUGACUCCACAAGAAAGUUAAAUAAAAAACUAAACAAAAAACUAAACAAAAAAAAACUAUAAAAAUGGACUUAUUUAUUUGUGAAUAUUGUGGGGAAAGUUUUCAGCUCAACCCAUCUUUAAGACGGCAUAUAAGAAUGAAACAUAAUACAGUCAACACAACAUCUGGCGAAACACGAUACUGUGAUGUAUGUGACCAAAAUGUUGCGAAUGUUAACUGGUCACAUCAUUUACGGACAAACUUACAUAAACAAUUAUCUAGCGUGCAAAUAAAUGCUAACUUAAAAUGUGUGAAAAGUGUAUUUAAUAGUCGAAUUGAAACAUAUAUAAUUCAAAAUAUGAACAAAAGUAGUUUAAACAUUACAUUAUUUUUCCAAUCAAUCGAUGAACAGGUGAAACAAUUAUUAAAAGAUGCAUUGCAAAAACAUGUUAAUAUAAAAUUUAAUUUUGAACUAUUUUGCAACUACGUUUUAAUUAAAGAAAGUGAAGACGAUUGCAAAAUUGAACUUAAAUCACACCAAACUAAAAUGAAUACAUUGCAUUCAACAAUGGGUGAUAACGAUGAGACUUUAAAUGAAAUGAUUAAUAAUUUAUAUAAUUAUAUAAAAAAUGAAAUGAGUGAAUUUCAAGAACGAGACAGCGGUUGGUCAUUAACUGAAAUCAUGCAUUUAGAAGUGAACAUAAAUAAAUACCAACCUCUAAGAGGUACAAAUUACAUUUGUUUACCUCAGCAAAUAUUAAAGAGAAAUGCAUGUGUCAAUGUGAAAAAUAAUGAUGUAUAUUGUUUUAAGUGGGCAUUAAUAUCAGCCUUAUUUGACAUCAAUAACGAUCACAAAGAAAGAGUUUCUCUAUAUCAAAAAAAAGGAAUUCACAACAUUCAACAAGAUACAUUUAUUAUAAAUAACACAACAUUAAAUUUUAGUGGAUUGGAAUUUCCCACAUCGGUUAAUAGCAUUAAAAUAUUUGAAGACAAUAAUCCUGAAAUAAGUAUAACUGUUUUCGGAUUGGAUACAGAUGACACCACAAUAAUCGGACCAUAUUAUUUUACCAAGAAUAAAACCACUAAUGUAUUAUACAACAUAUAUUUGUUGCUGCUCGAAAAGGAAGAUAAAUGUCACUAUGUUUGGAUUAAAAAUAUUUCAAGAAUGCUGAAAAAACAAUUGACGAAACAUAAUGGAAAAAUGUAUUUAUGCCGCACAUGUUUACAACAUUUCCAUGAUGCCAACAAACUGGAGCAACAUAGCCUGGAGUGUAAUAAAAUUGUAACUGAGAUGCCUCAAGCUGGUAAUGAAGAUUCGAUAUUAAAAUUUAAAAAAUUACAAAAAACAAUUAGACGUUCCUUUUGUAGUAUAUGCUGAUUUCGAAUGUA